AUGCCCGGGCUGCGCGCCGAUGUUGCUGGAGGCCUUCGGAAUUUGGCUACGGGGGGCCGCCACCCGUCGGUGGAGCGGCCCGUGCGGCACGUGCGGUGCGAGGAGGCCUCUCGCCUAGGGGCCUCCGCGGCGCGCCGUGCUGCGAGGCGGCGCGGGUGCGACGCCCUGGAGCGCGGCCUCUGCCGUGCGCUAGACCGCCCCGCUGGGCCCUUGCAUGGAGCCGCGCUCGGGGCUCUCGGCGACGAGGUGACGAGGAGGGAACGCCUCUCUCGCCCGACCUUGGUCGCGGGGGUCAUCGGAGCGAGGGCGAGGCCAGGGCAGGUGCUGGUGCGGAACUGCGCCCAACACGCUGCCAGCGUGCCUGACGACGGGGUGCCCCUGUCGGAGUGGCGGCUUGCAGAGCUGGGGCCGCGCCUGGGCGAGCAGCUUGUGGAGUCGGCCACGCUUCCCGAGGUCCCGGGGGGCCUGGGCGUGGCCGACCUGGCGGCGGAGUUGCCUGCGCGGAUGGCGGUGCUGGCGCUGGACGUGGACGUCGACGACAAGGUGAGUGGCGACGGGAACGCUGUGAAGGCUCCCGCCGCUGGAGGUUGUCGUGCCGUCUCCACGGUAGCCGAGCUAGUGCUGGCAGAGCCUGGCGGGGCAGGCGACGGAUUGCUGGCGCCAGGAGUGUGGCAGGUCGGCGAGUGCGCUGAGGCGGAGGGCUUCGUGCAGGGCUUGGCCGCGGGGAGACGGAGGCUGCGCCGCCGCUCGGCAUCCCCGUGGUUGUGGCGCCUGCUGGGUGGGGUUCGCUGGAAUGCCACGUUCCUGAGCGUGCUCCACUUCGCGCUCCUCUUCGACCUGAACAACUUCCCGGUCCUUACCCUGGCACC